GCGUUCCUAGGCUCAGCCGGCAGCGGCUGCAACUUCUGCGGGACGCCAACUUCUCCAGAUGCGGGAGGCUACUUGAGAGAGAGGACUGAGACAGGAGCCACGAGAGAAAGCCCGUCUUCUUUUGUGUGUGUGUUGUUUCGGGGCUGAGAGCGGAGGCGGGUGGCGGUCAUGAGGACGCCGGUCUCGAAAAGCGGUGCCGGGCGGGGCAGCGGCCGGGGCGGCCCCCCGUGUGCCUCCCGCAGCCUUGGCACGCGGCGGGCGACGGGCUGGCUCUUCCUCCUCCUCCUGGCCCUGGAGUGCCUCUGCUCGGCCUUCGCCCUCUCGACGUGCAAGACGGUGGACAUGGAGCUGAUGAAGCGCAAGCGGAUCGAGGCCAUCCGGGGCCAGAUCCUCAGCAAGCUCAAGCUCUCCAGCCCGCCCGACGUGGACCAGGGGGACGUGUCCUUGUCCGAGGAGAUCCUGGCCCUUUACAACAUCACCACGGACCUGAUCAAGGAGAAGGUGACGGAGGAGCCGCGCGAGACCCCCCAGGAAGAGUACUACGCCAAGGAGGUCCACAUGUUCAAGAUGCUGCCGUCCAGUGAUGAAAGCUACGGGACGGAGUACAAAAGGAACAGCCACAGUAUCUACUUCGGAUUUGACCUGAGGCAGAUCCGGGAUACACUCCAGAAUCCGGACCUCCUCUACCGCGCCGAGCUGAGAAUGGUGCGUGCGUCUGGAUUUGGACCGGUGACACCGCAGCAGCGGGUGGAGCUCUACCAGCAGCUGUCUACCAACGACUCCUUCUGGGAAUACCUGGAUGGGCGCAUGGUCAGGGUGACACCUGAGAAAGAGUGGCUUUCCUUUGAUGUCACCACCGCCCUCCGGAUCUGGCUCAGCAGCACUGACACCAUAGGCCGAUUCCGCCUCAGUUUGCAGUGUUCCUGUGGAAAAACCUCUGAAGAACUGAAAGUGGACAUUGAAGGCACCAAAUCAAAGCGGGGGGACCAGCAGGGCCUGAGCCACAUGCAGAAGGUGCCCUACCUGCUGGUGAUGGCGAUGCCACCUGAGCGUGCUGACCAGCUCCAAAGCCGCCGGCGUAAGCGAGCCACACCCGGUAUCCAGUAUUGCAGCGAUUUGGCCGAGAAGAACUGUUGCGUGCAGCCCCUCUACAUCGACUUCCGCAAGGAUCUGAACUGGAAGUGGAUCCACAAGCCCAGCGGCUAUUACGCCAACUUCUGCAUGGGGCCGUGCCCCUACCUCUGGAGUUCGGACACUCAGUACAGCAAGGUCCUCUCUCUCUACACCCAGCACAACCCGUCCGCCUCCGCCUCGCCUUGCUGUGUUCCUGAUCAACUUGAGCCGUUAGGGAUUGCGUAUUAUGUCGGCCGUGCUGCCAAGGUGGAACAGCUCUCAAAUAUGGUUGUCAAAUCCUGCCGGUGCAGCUGAGGACAAGGACUCAAAAUCACGGACCCAGCAAAUCCCUUCUAGGCGGGUUGGAAUCUUUUCAAAAUCUAGGCAGAGAAGGGGCCCGGGACUGAAGGCGAUUCAGGAUGCCCACCUGCAACUCCUGUUUGGUUUUU